AUGGGCUCAGUUGAAAUUUUAUGUUCAAUGAAGACGUUAGAUUUUGAUCAUCGUACACGGGUUGCAAGAGAGUCUAUUCGUCUUGUAUGUUCAUCUAUCGGAAUACAAUUGAAAGAGAGACGAAAAUCUGAACCAUUUAUACUGUCCGUGAUCGCAGCGAAACCGAAUAUUAUACAUAGUAGAACCCCUGUUUUACUCACUAUCGAUAUGGAGGCAUUAAUUUUAAAACGAAUAGUAGAUUCGCAAAUACUUUGCUCGCAUAAAAUGGAAGGAAUAUCAUUUGCUAGCGCUGGGGAACAUGAAACAAAAGAUUACAUUGCUUAUGUAGCAAAAGAUAAUACAAAUAAACGUGCUUGUCAUGUAUUAUUAUGCGAUGAAAAUCAAUCAUUGGAUGUUAUAACAACUAUUGGUCAAGCAUUUGAGUUACGCUAUCGCGACUAUAUGCAAAGUCAAACGGGCAAUGGGGGAUCAUCAAGAUCGUUAGAAAGAAAUUUAGGCGAAAAUUUACAUGAUAGACCGAUACAGGCUGAAAUGUUGUUAUAUCAUAAUGGUGAUUUUUUGGUACGUGAAAGUGCAAAAAUACCGCGUCAAUUUAUAUUAUCGGGACGAUAUAAAGAUACAUUUAAACAUUUGUUACUCGUUGACCCACAAGGAGUUAUACGUACAAAAGAUUUGGAAUUCGAUAGCAUCAAUCAUUUGGUAUCAUAUCAUAAAGAAGGCAAUAUACCAAUAGUUAGUGCUGAUAGUGAACUAUUAUUGUUAAAUCCGAUACAUCGAAAAUAA